UAAAAUAUUAAUUCAUAAAAUGGAGCUAAAUCAAGUAAAUAAGAAGAAGAAAUGCAGAGGUCUGAAUUGCCAAAGAAUAAGGAAAUACUACUGCAAUGACCACAAGGAGCAGCUCUGCUUAGAAUGCUGCAGUGCAGUCCACUACCAGUGCUGCAAAACCAGAAUAGAAGAGCCUGAAGAAUUAGACCAUGUGAUGAGACUUCUUUUCAAUUACAUCAAAUCUUUGAAAAAGAAAGCUAAUGACUUUGGAUUGCUUGAAAAAAUUCAGGGUCUUGAGGUGGCUUUAGAAGAAAUCUCUCAAGACUUCACCACUUACCAAGAAGCAGCUACUAAAGCUAUUAGAAAUGAUGCGUUCUUGGAGUACGGAGAAAUUCUAGAAGCAUUCCAAAAGAUGCAGUCAGAAAUCUUACAUGGAAAGUAUAAGAAUGGAAUCAAUGGAUGCAACCCAAUCUCAAAGCUUCUCCAAGACAGUGAGCUGCACUUCAUCUCAAAUGGAGGUGAAUAUAUCUCAAAAGAAAAGAUUAAGAGCACAUAUGAGUACACUUCAGCUAUCAGAGAGAUUUCCAAAAGAAACAAACAAAUCAUGGAACAAAAGAAGAACGAAGAGCUCAAAAAGAUGGAGGAAGAAAUUGAAGAGAAGUACAAACUCCAGUUUGAAUCAGUGAUCACUGACCUACAGUCUAAACUAACUGCUCAAGAGGCCUCUCUCUCCGAAGAACAGAAGGCUAAAGACACUCUACAGACCUCUAAUGCUGCUCUUUCUAGCCAAGUGGAGGACCUGACCGCCGAGAACGCCAAGAUAGCAGAAGAACUUAAGGAGAACCUUGCGCUUGUAGAGCAGCACGAAGAGGUUAUUUGUAAGGUAGGAAAGCCGGCUUGCAAGGAGGUUUAUAAGAGAGUUAUGGGAGCAGAUGUUAGUUUUGAUGAAGGAUAUGUGGUGAAUUUGGAUAUGAAGCAAGAGAAAGCGAAGAAAGUGGUCAAGGAGUUUGCAGAUUUGAAACUUAUAUUGCCCAAGAUUAAAGGGAUUAGGUUGGAGUGUAUAAAGGAAUGAGAGGAGAGUCUGAUUUAUGAGUUUGUGAAGUAUUGUUGUCCGAGCUCAAUUCCUUGCUUGUGAAUCAAUCGUUAUAAUAAUGGAUUAAUACCUCAAGAUUCUAAAAUCAUUAAAGAAAUAAAUACAGUUUUGCAGAAUGUUACCGAUGAGGUUUGCAUAAAUCAUUUCAGUAUUAGCUCAGAAGAUAUUUCUGAUGUAUUCAGAAACAGUUGGAAUUCCAAAACAUUAAUGCUUAGAGUUUGAAAACUUAACACAAAAGAUGACAUGAACUUUGAAAAUGAACAACAUCAAUCAAAAAUAGAAAAAUUAGACUUUAGCUGGGGAGGGAGUAGCGAAUUAAAUUCAGAUCCAAACAAUUUUGAAGAAAUGUUCACUCACAUAAUCAGCGCAAUCAGUAAAUCUAGCAUCAAAACCUCCCUAAAAUCCAUCAACAUCGGCUUAAACUCCAUCUCCACCUCCAAAAUGACCUCUCUACUAACCUCCCACUCAAUGUCCCACAUCCAGAUCCUCUCCUCCAACAACGACCCCCAAAUCUAGCCCAAAAUCCCAAUUUCCCAAAUUUCCAAUCCCAUAAAAUAAAUUUCAACCUAUAUCUCU